CUCGUUUCAUUUCCAGAUUAGGGAUUGAGCAACUUCAGAUGUUCUCUGAGAAAACCUCACAGAACAACUUCACUUUUGUAAAAUUAAAUUACAAAUGAGGGGACUCCAUUUACUAACUGUUUACUGCCGAAGGCAAUUUUGAAUGGAUUUUAACACAUGGGAAUCAUAUUAUUAUUAUUGUUGUUAUUAUUAUUAUUAUUAUUAUUAUUAUUAUUAUUUAUUCUUAAAGCACGAAUGAAACUUAACAUUAAUUUGCAUUUGCAAUAUUGCACUUUAAAAAAAAAAAAAAAAAAAAAAAAGCACAGUAAAAUCUCUAGUGAUAUUUUCACUGGUUUAUGUUGAAGUUCCAUUUAGUCCCACCACUUUUUCCUCGGCUGUUCUGUUCUCUAAUCACAAGGCGUUGUGCAAAUUCACUUGCGAAUGUGAAAUCCGUAUUUUAUUGCAGCAUAAUUUAGCACGCCAUACAUUUUGUUGUAAUGGAGUGCUCCAUGUUGUAGCGUCCGGGGAUAUUGCAGUGUGUACGUGGUGGAUAAAUACGCCUUAAAAUAUCGCUACGUUAUCCACCUGGCAAGCACUGCACAGUAAACAUGAAUAAGGUGAGCUGUGAGGUUAAAAAAAACACCAAAACAUUCAAAGCAACAUUAGCAGAUUUCCUUUCUGUAGCCGCUGUGCGUGAGCCUUGCAGCAGCACCCAGAAGUGAACAAAGCGACCCGGAAGCGGUGGUCCGACUGGAGGCAGACAGAACAUCAACCUUUUAUAUUAUAGCUGUUCUCGCAAGACAAUAUCUGCAGCCAGGACACAAGGAUGGCAGAGCCUCGAUUUAACAACCCCUAUUUUUGGCCACCGCCUCCCUCCAUGCCAGGCCAGCUGGAUAACCUGGUCCUCAUUAACAAGAUCAAGGAGCAGCUGAUGGCGGAGAAGAUUAGACCUCUGCACCUGCCGCCUACCUCCACCCCGUCCCAGCAGCCGCUGCUGGUGCCCACCUCGUCGCCGGACGGCGGCGCGCCGCACGGCAUGCCGGUCCCAAAACCUCAGUCGCAGCAGGUGCCGGGCCACCACUCGCAGCCGCAGGGCUCUGGGCAGCUAGACAUCACUCUGCACGCUCGACCCGCCUCCGGCUCUGGACCAGAUGGAAAUCUGGAUGACAAGUCAUCGGUAAAAGCCAAAGGAUUAUGGGAGGACUGGCACAUGAGGCAGCUCACCGAGCAGUCGGGCCGGGUCAACCAUCGUUCAGGCCUGGCCCCCUCAUCUCGACCCGACAACCACAGCACCUCGGAGGCCCUGACCCCCACCACUCCGACCUCGAGCAGCCAGAACCGAAUGGGCGGGGCGCCUUCUGUGAACAUCAUCUCCGGACUGGCGAGCGGUCCCGGCAUGGACCACAUGAAGGGCGGACUGGCCGGACUCCUGGGCCCCCCACCCAAGGCACCUCGGGGGAGAAAGAAGAUAAAAGCGGAAAACACAUCUGGGCCUCUUCUGGUGGUGCCCUACCCCAUCCUGGCGGACCAAGGCUGCGUCACUGUGGCACCUAAAGAGGGCAAAACCUACAGAUGCAAAGUCUGUCCACUCACCUUCUUAACCAAGUCAGAGAUGCAGAUUCAUUCCAAGUCCCACACAGAGGCCAAGCCACACAAGUGUCCCCACUGCUCCAAGACAUUCGCCAACGCCUCCUACCUUUCCCAGCACCUGCGCAUCCACCUCGGGAUCAAGCCCUACCACUGCUCCUACUGCGAGAACUCGUUCCGCCAGCUGUCGCACCUGCAGCAGCACACCAGAAUCCAUACUGGCGAUCGGCCUUACAAAUGUGCUCAUCCUGGAUGUGAAAAAGCUUUUACUCAGCUGUCUAACCUUCAGUCUCACCAGAGGCAGCACAAUAAAGACAAGCCGUACAAAUGUCCCAACUGCUACCGUGCCUACUCAGACUCCGCAUCGUUGCAGAUCCACUUGUCGGCGCACGCCAUCAAAAACGCUAAGGCCUACUGCUGCAGCAUGUGCGGCCGGGCAUACACCUCAGAGACCUACCUUAUGAAGCACAUGUCCAAACACACAGUCGUGGAGCACCUAGUGAGCCACCAAUCGCCGCAGAGGACCGAGUCCCCGAGCAUCCCCAUCCGGAUCUCCCUCAUCUGAGCUCGUCGGGCGUCCAUCAGCGGGAUUUCUCUGUCUGGGUCGGGCCGGACGUCUGGAGGCCCUGCACCCCUCGUCCACCUACAUAAGGCUUACAUUAGCGUUGUGACAGCUGACACAAGCAUUCGGUGUUAAGUUUCAGUUAACGGACUGCCUCCAUCCGUCUCCACCUGGGCUGUCUGGCAGUAAAAACAAUUUUAUAUAUAUAUAUAUAUAUAUAUAUAUUUAUAUAUAUAUAUAUAUAUAUAUAUAUAUAUAUAUAUAAUCAAAUAAGAGCACAGCGUUGUUUUGUGAAUGUAACAGUACAGCGUGACAUUGAUCUGGCGGUCCGAGCGGCGAAGAAUGUCUUGGGUCAGAUUCAGAAAGCACUUUGGUAAGCAUCAUGUAACCCGUUGGAUGCAUCGGCCUGUUAAAUAUAUUUUAGAUACUUUUUUUUUUUUCUUUUUUUUUUUUACCCCCUUCAGUUUUAGUUUAUUUUGUCCCCGCUUUUCCAUAAAAUGGGUUUUCAAAACUUGGCCUUUUUAAAGUAUUGAGAGAGGAUGUAUGUGGUGGUGGUGGUGCUGGGGGUGAGGGGGGGAUAUUUGCUGGGUGUGUUUGGAAAACAUCCAAAGAUGAUCUUAAAGCACUUUUUGGCACUGUGGUUUUGGCUCAAACUGUUUUAAUCAAGUUGGAGGGAAAAUGCCAAACAAAAAAGAAGGGGGCAUUACUUCUGGCAGCUAGGAGUACAAACAAAUGACGGUUCUCUGUGCUGCUCUCUUCAUUUUUCUUUUUUUUUCUGCACAAGUACACGGCCAUCCAAACCUGAUGACGGGCAAUCGGUCGAUGACAAUUCCAAUGAUUGUAUGAGGAGGUGGAGUUAUUGGCAGAAGUGGAGCAACAUUAAAUGGAAUAUAUAUUUUUCUUGUUUUAGCUCUCUCAAAUUCUGUGACAACCGUAUUCAAUUUAAAGGCACCUUUCAGAAAUAUUGCAUUUAUGUACCCAUUUCCAGCAUCCCUUUUCCACACACACACACACACACUCUAUUUUUAUGCUCGUGCAAGUGAUCAGUGCCAUACUUGACCUUUGAGAACUGAAGAGGAAGCCGACCUUAAACAGUUUAUGAAGGCUUUGACGAUUCCUUUUUUAUAAGGUUUUGACACGUUUGUCAGAACUUAAGUAAAUAUUUUUUUAUUUUUUUUUUUAAAUCAGCUCAAAUUCCAGCUGAAAUAGUUUUUCUUUUUUUUUUUGAAGUGGGUAAUUUUAAAUCCAACCACUGGACCAAAAUGUGAAGUUAAUGUACAGCUACUCUCACCUAGUCGACCCCCGCCCCCUUUAUUUUUUUUAGGGUUUUUUUGUUCUCUUUAAAAUAAGCUUUACUCAUCUUGAAGAAACUGCAGUAUACGUCCUACUCGGUAGGAUUACGAGUGUGUGUCGAGGUAAAUCCUCAGCUGUUUCCUCCUCGCUCUCUCUUUCUCUAGUAUUAUUUUUACUGUGCACAGUAUUGUUUGUUGUAUUUUUACUGUAAUCUCCGAACGGUACUUGUAGGGCUCCCUGUAUUCUUCAGGGCGCUUCAGAAAAACAAAAGAAAAAAACGGUGCUGCGGCUCGUCGUUAGCUCGGAGAAGGAACUGAGAAUAAUGUAAAAUACAUAUACAGUAUAUAGUAUGUUUUCAAAAAGAAUAAGAACCUAUUACUCAAGCCACUGGCCUGAAAAACGGACAUUUACGCCAACAACAGACCCUGCCUCUUCAACGUACUCCCUCUAACUCUCAAAUUUUUUUAUUUUAUUUGAUUUUUUUUUUUUGAGAUAAUGGAAAAAUGUACAUGUUCCUGUACUGUAAAACAUGUUACUCAUAUAAUACCUGCUUUUCGGUUUUCCAUCGAUAUGUUCUGUUUGGAAUUUGUAAAAGUUCAUGUAUGAAUUUACUGUAAUUAUUUUAGUCUACCUGUAUGUUAUUAAUAUUCAUCUUUUAUAUCAGUUCUAUACAUGUAAGCCUUAACUGUUUAUCAUCCCAGAUCCAUUACUCUGUAUUGUGUUCGACAGUAUUCAGUCGUGUAAGCAUUUUAUUCUUGUUUUGUUCUUUUCGUUUUAUUCCGCAUGGAGUUCUUGAGCUGUAAUCUGUAUAACUGUUUAACCCAUGUUCUCUAUGAAAAAGAUAUUCAGUAGAUUUAUUACACUUUUUUUUUUUUUCCUGUCUUGCAUUGUGGUUUCAUAUACGGUUUCUAGACGACUAAAUAUGCACAGCCAAGACUGAGGAGUUUAACUAAGGUCAUCAAUGUUUAAAAAAAAAAAAGGAAAAUAGAAAAAAAAAAAAAAAAGCUUUGUAUCUUUACCUUGUUUAAUAAACAGACUGUUAUAAAUUA